GCCAAGGCCAGGGUCGAGCCAAAGAAGGAGACGAAGGAAGAGAAGAGCACAAAGGCUGAGAAGAGCAAGAAGGAGGAGAAGAGCGCAAAGGAGGAUAAGAACACAAAGGACGACAAGAACAAGAAGGACGAGAAGAGCAAGAAAGACGAGUUUUGUGAGCGUUGCUUCGAGAGAGACGAUAAGAACACAAAGGAAGAGAAGAGCAAGAAAGACGAGAAGAGCAAGAAAGACGAGAAGAGCAAGAAGGAAGAGAAGAGCAAGAAGGAGGAGAAGAGCCCAAAGGAUGAUAAGAACACAAAGGAAGAGAAGAGCAAGAAGGAGGAGAAGAGCAAGAAGGAUGAGAAGAGCAAGAAGGACGAGAAGAGCAAUAAGGAAGAGAAGAGCAAGAAGGAAACUAAAGACAAGGAUGAUGAUAAGAAGGAUAAGAAAAAGAAGAUCAACAGAGGGGAGUGGCUCAAGAGCUUCAAAGUUGAGAGUGACGAGGAAGAGGAUGAGAAGAAGAAGAAAAACAAGAGCAGGAAGGAAAAGAAGAAAGGGUCCAAGUCCGAGUCUGACAAGUCAAAGAGUGAUGGCGAGGCCUUUGUUAGCCUGCGUUGA